GGGCCCGGGGUCUGCCCUGGGGGGGCGGGGUACGGCGCCCCCCUUGGUGUCCAGGCCCAACCCCUAGUAUGUCGGUCGGCGGCUCAGGCGCUCCGUGGACAACCUGGGCCGCGAGGUCCUUUAGGCGCGUGGGGGGCAGCCCGGGGCCUCGCGCCGCCGCGUCGCGUAGCAGCAGGGACGCGGCUGGGCCGGCCGGUAGGUGUCUCCACCAAAGGGCUGGCGUCUGAUCCAGCACAGCGGGCUGGCAAACUUUUUGACCCAAGGGCCGCAUCGGGAGAGGUGGCUUCUGUGCAGCUAGGGUGGAGGCAGCAUGGCUAGAGAUGCACCAGGGGGAGAUUCCUGUGAGGAGCUGGACCAGACAAAGUAUGAUGCAGAUGAGAACGUGAAGAUUAUCUGCCUGGGGGACAGCGCUGUGGGGAAAUCCAAGUUAAUGGAAAGGUUCCUCCUGGAUGGAUUCCGAUCCCAGCAGCUCUCUACGUUUGCCUUGACACUCUACAAAUACACAACCAAUGUGGAUGGGAAGAAUAUCCUUGUGGACUUCUGGGACACAGCCGGACAGGAGAGAUUCCAGAGUAUGCAUGCAUCCUAUUACCACAAGGCCCAUGCUUGUAUCAUGGUGUUUGAUGUGCAGAGGAAGGUCACCUACAAGAACCUGAAUAACUGGUACAAGGAGCUGAGAGAGUUCCGCCCAGAGAUCCCCUGCAUUGUGGUGGCCAACAAAAUUGAUGCGGAUAUGAAAGUGACUCAGAAAAGCUUCAACUUUGCCCGGAAGUUCAAUCUGCCCUUCUAUUUUGUCUCAGCUGCAGAUGGCACCAAUGUAGUGAAGCUCUUCAGUGAUGCUAUCAAACUGGCCGUUGCGUACAAACAGAAUUCAGGGGAUUUUAUGGAUGAGGUCAUGCAGGAGCUGGAGAACUUUGAGCUGCAGAAAAAGGGGGAGGACUCGGAUAAAGAGGAGAACUGCCCUGAGGAGAAGCCCCCAUCCACCUGAGCCCAGGCCUCAGACCAACCUUGUGCUGCUCCCUAUCGCCCAGCUUCUUCAUGGUUGGGUAGAACCAUCACUCUCUGUCAGGGGAGAGCAGAUUUCUCAUGCACUGGCUGUGCUGGGAGCCUCUGGCUGGGACCAUCCCUCCCUGGGAGGGAGACUGUUUGGGCCUGAUCUUCCUGGCCUGGACCCCAUCCUCCUGAGCAUCCGGGACACAGAAGGAACAAGAAUACAUGUGACUGCUGCCUGCCCCUGUGGGAGGGAAGGAGGGCAUUUGCUGAGGUGUUGGGCCGCUGCCUGCCCUGCAGGGAAGGGUCCUGCCCAGGUGUCUAUUAGCAGAGCCCAGAUUGAGAAAACCAACACUAAAGGAUUUUUUUACAAA